AUGUAGUGGCACAUUGGAUGUAGGAAAAGCGGGCGUAUCUUUUCCCGGCUGCAGAAGGUAGAGGUUAAAAAGCUGUGGGAACGGGUCAGAGGAAAGAGAGGGGCGGGAGGAAUGGUAAAGGGUACAGUAGAAAGGCAGGCAGGGUCUUUUCUUAACUUAAAGGAAGAGUUAAAUCAGAAGUUAAUAGCUUAUUGUGAGUUAUUAAAACGAUAGCCUACACCGCGGAGAACUGGGAAACCGAAAGUUAUCUAAUUAUAUAAGAUAUUAACAAGAGAAAGAAACCUCGAUGUCGGGAAUAGGACACGGUCUGGAAUAGGGUGAAGGAUGGAGGGAGAUACAGAGAAAGAGACAGCAGAGGAGAAGGAGGGUAAUGACACAGAGCUGUCUGGUGAGGAAGGGGUGGGGCGACUUCAUCAGAGCGGAGGGUCCUCGGAUGAAGAUCAGGACCUACCCAUCAUGCAGUGGGAGGACCUGAGCCUGCGUAUCGCCGAGCUAGAGAAACAGGAGGAGGAGAGGAGGGAGAGGGCAAAGAGUACGUGUGGGUCGGAACAGGGGAGUGUGUCAGAGAGCUGGGCGGAGGAGAGGCAGGGUGGGCUUCGGAUGAGAGAGGAAUGGGAGGAGGAGGACUAUGGAAGGUGUCGAGUUACUGUUUUCUCAUCUAGAUUCCACAACCACAGAAAUCUACAGUUAUGCUACACCAACAACAGUGAGAGCGAGGAUGAUGAUAAGGAGGAGGGGGCUGGCAAAGAGGGUUCUAAAGAGGCAGGUAGCCAUGGUUACCAUCCCUCUGGCCUGAAGCUGGAGGUGAGGGCCGCACUGAGUGCGCUUAAAUACAAGCUGCUCGCUGAACAGAAAGAGAAGGAGCAUCUCGCCUGUGUGAUCACUAAGAGGAAGCAUCUGGAAUGCUGUGACCUGCAGAUCUGCUCAAUACAACAGCUCAGCUCCCUCAGGACCUCACUCAACCACGACAUACACGACCUGAGCUCUGAGUUGGUGGGUCACCUGUUGAUAAGGGACCAGCUGAGGACCAAACAGGAUGCCAUGCUCCUGGAUGUACAGGAUCUGACAUAAUGUUGACCCACAGGUGCACCGGAUGUGACAUCCCCACUGCCAUGGACAGGGUACCAGGACAUGAAGUCAUUGUGACCAAUAGUGGAUAAAGUGAUUUUGGCCCAGAUAUGCCACUAUGAGACCAUCAGAAGUAUUGCCAUAGUAACCUACUCAAUAUGAUUUUUCGUAAAGGAGAAAUGUUGAUUAUGAGCAACUGAUGAGCAACAUCUUGGACCAGUGUCAUAAUACAAUCCAUAUUUCUCAGAUGGAUGGAUAACUUUCUCUUCAUCAUCCCCACCUGAUCUUGACCAGCAUAAUCUUCAUCAUCAUUAGUGGAGAACGUACUGUAUUAGGACCUGUUUUGACUUACGCAUGCACUUAACCAAAAAUAUUUAAUAUCAGAAAGAGGGUUUUAAGCCAUUUGUGAUGUUGUUUGAAACAUCUCUAGUAAUAUCUGACUCAUAGUCUUUUGCCUGUGGUAAGAAAGUCCUAUUUAUCUUGGGGGUGUCAGAUGGAGAACCUUCACAGCCAUAGUGUAACCCAACAUUCAAUGAGUUAUAUCAUUUACAUAUAUGAGGGAUACAGCUUUACAUAAGUUUUAUUGUGUAAACAUUGCAAUAUCCUUGACUUACUACUUUAAGGGAAUUGUCCACUUAUAGCCUGUCUAAAACAAGCUGAGGAGUUACAUAUUCAGGCUAAAGGGAACUGUCCUGUAACAAUUUGGUAGAGAAGUUUCUUUGUUGCUAAUUAUCCUCUAUUAUGUAUAAUAUAAGCCUCAUGUAGUUGUUGAUGUAAGGGAAUUGUCUGCAUAGUGCCAAUAAGCCUGUGGGUAUUGCCAUUAUGUAUUUUAUGAUAUACCUGGUUUGCAGCCAUAACUAUAACUACCACCAGCAUAGGAAACUACAAAGCUGCAAUUGGUCAAUUGACUCCAUGCCAGCAUAACCCGAAAAUAUUUUGUGUUUCUCAGAUUGUUCUGGCAAUUCUCACAUAGAAACUUCAUUGGGAUGAAGGAUGUUUGAUGUGCUUUUUACAUUUGUAACACAAAUCAGAUCUUUUUUUAUCAUGAUGGAAGGGGCAAUUUUAGGCCCUUUUUAAUCCUAUGUAUGACAACACCUUGGUGUUGUUAUACCCCUAAUAGCUCUAAAAUAUGGACUAUCAUUACAUUCUGAAAUACAAUUUUAUACAUUAAUUUAUUCAAUAUUAAAACUAUUAAUAUUAUCUCAAAAGUACACUUUUUGAUUUUGUUCAGUUUUAGACAUAUUGUUUUAAACAAUCUAUUUUACUAGUAUAUCACAUUUCCAGAGUGGGCUCUCUGUUACUUUUAAAGUUAUGAUUCAAAGGGAACUCCUUCUGCUGGUGAUUUGCUGAAUGUGCAAUCCUACAGUAGGGCUGUGAUUGGUUAAUUACCUAUAAUGUAAAUUUCUUUGUAUAGUGAACAAUAAUAUAAACUCAACAUGUAAAGGUUUGGUCCCAUGUUUCAUGAGCUGAAAUAAAAGAUCCCAGAAAUGUUCCAUAUGCACAAAAUGCUUAAUUAUCUCAAAAUGUUGUGCACAUAUUUGUUUACAACCCUACUAGUGAGCGUUUAUCCUUUGCCAAUAUAAUCCAUCCACCUGACAGGUGUGGCAUAUCAAGAAGCUGAUUAAACAACAUGAACAUUACACAGGUGAACCUUGUGCUGGGGGACAAUAAAAGGCCACCCUAAAAUGUGCAGUUUUGUCACACAACAAAAUGCCACAGAUGUCUCAAGUUUUGAGGGAUUGCAGGAAUUUCCACUAGAGCUGUUGCCAGGGAAUUGAAUGUUAAUUUCUCUAGGACCUCCACAUCUGGCUUCUUUACCUGCGUGAUCGUCUGAGGGUGGGAUUGCUGAGGAGUAUUUCUGUCAGUAAUAAAGCCCUUUUGUGGGGGAAAACUUAUUCUGAUUGAAAUCCAUAGAUUAGAGCCUAAUAUAUUUAUUUAAAUUGACUGAAUUCCUUAUAUGAAAUGUAACUCAGUAAAAUAAUUGAAAUUGUUGCAUAUUGCGUUUAUAUUUUUGUUCAGUAUAUAACAUUUAUCAUUUCUUCAAAAGUGGUAGAGAGCCCACUCUGGGAAUGUGAUGUUUGAAAAGUAUAUUCUUCCAAACAAUGUGUAAAAAUAAGCAAAACCAAAAAGGCCUCUUUUGAGAUAUUAAUAAUAAAUAUAAUAUCUUACCUGGUUUUCUGGUGAUAUGAAAGAUUGUCAUUUGUCUGCCAUUUUAAAAUAUACCAGCCUGUUUCUUCCCUCUUGUCUAUGUCCUGCUAUCACAGUUCAUUGUUUCAUCAUACUACAAAUACACACGAUUAUUGGAAGUACCACAUAUAAUAAUUGCUAGUUAAGACACAAGGUAUAUUUUCCUGACCAUGUGACCUCACCAGGGACACACCAGGCCCAGAGUCUUUCCUCUUCAAGUCACAUGAUCAGGAAAAACUCCUGGCCUUAUUACCUCUUGUGUCUUAACUAGCAAUUAUUAUAUGUGGUACUUCCAAUAAUCGUGUGUAUUUGUAGUAUGAUGAAACAAUGAACUGUUUUAGCAGAUUCAUGGCCAUGGGAAAGGGGUGAAUGCUAUGAAGUAACAUUGAUCUUUUUCAUCUCUGAAGUAUUAUUCAUUAUUAACUUUUUUUAAAUGUAUAAUUUUGCAUUCAAUAAACCUUGUAAGGUUA